AUGACCUACCCUGAUGCGCGAUCGAAUGAUGAGUGGAGGACGGUACUCAACAAAGAACAAUUCCGCAUCCUCCGCGAAAAGGGCACGGAAGCUCCCUUCACGGGCGAAUACGAUAAGCACAUGCCCGACCACGGCGUUUACACCUGCGCCGCCUGCAACGCACCUCUCUACAAGGCCAACCACAAGUUCAAGUCCGGGUGCGGCUGGCCCGCGUACUUUGACAGCAUCCCCGGCGCCGUAACUCGGCACACGGACAACAGUUUUGGCAUGGAGAGGACCGAGAUUGUCUGCUCAAACUGCGGUGGGCACCUGGGGCAUGUCUUCAAGGGCGAAGGAUAUCCGACGCCCACGGACGAGAGACAUUGUGUGAAUAGUAUCAGUUUGAAGUUUCACGACAAGGAGGACGAAGUGGCUGGGAAGCAAGGGAAUGGGGAGGCGAAGUAA